CUGUGGCAUUACGGGCGGGCACUGGACCGGUGGGUACAGUCCCGCGCCAAGGGGGAACCCCAACUAUACGUACAGGGCUGGGCCGAACGCCUGGGCAAGGACCCAGACCCCGACGAUGUUGGCUUCGGCUACGGGGUGGAGGAGUUAAGCAACUGGCGCUGCCCCGACAAGGAGGCGUUAGUGGAGUACGCCACCGCCAUUCGAAACAGCACGCUGGAGUACCUCUACAGCCUGGACGAGGAGACCAUGCUGAACAAGGAAGUGAUUACCCGAACGGGCACGACCAUCAGCGUAGGAGCCAUGUUUUUCCAUCUGUUGUGGGAGGUAAACCAGCACGGCGGCCAGGCCGGAUACCUGCGGGGCAUGCAACGGGGAUUGGGCCAGUAG